AUGGGAAAUAUUUCAGCCAAAUUCAAAAAACAUUUAAUACAAGGGGAUGAAAAAUCAGCUAUAUUACUCUAUAAAAGUAGUUCCGAACUGCAAAAGUCAUUGGAUCCUAGUAUGUCAUUGGGGGAUCACUAUCUGCAUAAUACUCCAUUGCAUAUUGCUUGCAAGAAUGCCAUGCCUUAUUUUGUCAAACUAUUCCUGGCUGAUACGAGGUGCGAUAUAACGACCAAAAAUGCCGAGGGCCAAUCGGCCCUGCACACUUUAUGCCGAAACGCCCUUCCAUGUCGUCGCGUGACUUGCGAAGAUUCAUUCGACCAAUCGGAUUGGAGUUGCGAAUCGAACGAAAUGCCCGACGAAUCCGAUUCUAUAGAUAUAGUUAAUCUGGACACCGAACGCAGGAUCGAGUGCUUGAAAGCCAUUAUGGAUUAUAGCAGAGAGCUUAAAAGGAAGAGGAUUUCCAAUAGGAAAGAUACGGAAAAUUUAGCUAACAAUUAUUCUCAUUUCGACCAAUGGGAAGACGCCACCUCGGUUGAAGUAAUAGAUGGCGUUAAUGGAUGGGCCCCGCUGCAUUACGCUUGCUACGCAGGAAACCUACCUUUAGCUCAUUACUUGUUAGAAAAUGGUGGAUUGCGACAGCUCUCAUUAAAAGUACCCAACGCCAUAAAAAUCCCCAAAAUUUCUAAAUCUUCGAAAUCCAUCCAAACUCCCAAAAUGGCCACUGCAUUGGAGCUCUCGGCGAUGAGUGGAAAAAACAAAAGACUGACAAAUUACAUCGAAUUUCGCAUAGUUUAUUUGUCCGCAGAAGAAACUGAAGGUUGCGUAGAAAGGGAAUUAGCCGAGCUGGAUCUAUCCGAACCUUAUACCUGUUUAAGUAGAACGGAAUUGCAAGAACUUAAAGAUCAACUCAUAGUGGAGACCUCGGAUAUGCUGAACGUUCCGCUAUUCACGGCCGAGGGCCUAUUAAGAUAUUUCGAAUGGUCUAAAUUAAGGUUGCUCGACUCCUGGAUAGCGGACCCUCCGACAUGUUGUCGCCUCUGUGGUGUUCAGUCCCCGCCUUCUACCUCGCCCAUCACCGAAACAAGUCGUACCGACCUCUUGAACGCCGAUUCCAAAAGUAAGCGCGGCAACGCCAAUCAAGAAUUUUCGAUCAACGCUACAGCUAGGGUGUGUGGUAUAUGCGACGAACUUAUAUCCCCGGUCUCCAAGCACAGAACCCCCCUGAAGAAGCCGAAGAUGGAAUGCGAUCAUCCCUUUUGCCGUGAUUGCUGGGAAAGAUACCUGACGCUCAAAAUUCAAGAAGGGAACGUUCAACUUAUAGUUUGCCCUUCCUACGAUUGCAAUCAUUUAGUUCCCGUGGAUUUUAUAGAGCGAGUCGUUUCAAGGGAUAUGGCUAAAAAAUAUUUGCAAUACGAUAUACAGGCGUUCGUGGAAAGCAACCCUUUUAUUAAAUGGUGUCCCAGGGCGGGUUGCAACAGAGCUGUUAAGAUAGACGAAACAUUCUUGGUUCCUUCGAAUUAUCACCAAAAUUCCGAAAAUUCCCAUCCACCGUAUCCCCUCCAGGUUUCACCCGCACCCGAGAUUCCGGCCAAUCAGAAUAGCGAUGGGUCAGAAAAAAUGGGCCAAUCUGACGACGAAGACGAAGAAUACGAUUCGAAAUGCAAUGAAGCCAUGUUCAAUGCUCACUUCGAUCUCUCCGUUUUCGCCUUCGACGUCGAGUGCGGAGCCGCCAUAAAUUAUUCCAAUUACGACCUUCUCGCGUGCUCUCAAAAUCGUCUCUUCUACCCGCAUUCUGCCGGAAAUGACUCGGAAGAUGGUGCGAUUGGCGAUCAACAAAUGAUGCGCGAAAAUAGUAUUUACCACGAAAAUAAUUGCGAAAAAGAAGUCGACGCUAAGGGAAACGAUCGCGGAAAAAAAGGUUCGGAGUAUUCAAACAGGAACGAGGAUUCGGCGAAUUCUCGUCAAACCGAAAUACCACGUGAUAAGGAUUACGAAAAAAGUUGCAACGUCGAAUUAUCGGGCCCGAAUUCCGGAAAACCUGCCGAAACAGCUAAAUUUACGAAAGUUUACCAACAUAUGGAGGUUCCCUUGAAUCUUCCCUUAAAAAUCAACUCCACAAAUGCUAUCGAAAUAAAAAUGGAGGGCUAUCACGACGAUAUAAUGCUAGACGCGAAUUCAGAAAAACGAGCCAUAUUUUACGAAAAUCCUUCAAACCCAGAAAAUAUGGCGCGGGUGUCUACGAUUAAAAAACGCGCCAAGGUCUGCCAAAAUCUCGAUAACCUCCAAAAUAUGAAGUCGUCCUUAAUAAUUUUCCCUGAAAGUCACGCUUUUUGCUGGGCCUGCGGUGAGGACCCUCAUGCCCCUUGCCAUUGCCAAGUCAUGAGAAAAUGGGCCCGAAAGAUAUCGCGCGCUUAUUGCUACGAUAACUUUAUAAACGAUUCUAAUGGUAAUCAUCAUAAUACGACCUUCGACGAUAAACCAGGGAUCUUAACCAAAACGGAUAUCAAGGAAGGUUCUAUCUUGUCCAAAAAUAUGGCUAGAAAGUCCGAGCCCAACAUUAAAAUCCGCCAAUCCUUUUCCGCUAAACCCAAAAAUAGCGGCGACAAAAAGCGCAUAAGCCCCUUCAUUGGUCCUGGUAAUGGGCAUCAUAUAGAUUGCUACGAUCGCGAAAAUGGCUUCGAGCUAUCCAAAAUCGAUCAAAUUCUCCCUGACAACCAUGACAUUGACGCAAAUCGCAGGAAAGAUACGCCUAAAUAUCGAAUGAAGCGCCGAACCAUCAUGGGUAUACCUCGCGAAAGGAAAAGUCUUUUUGAUGACGAAGGCAAACGAAACGGUUCUUUCAAGAAAGCUACUAAAAUCGAAAAACGUAUCAAAAGCGGGCGAAAUAACGAAGAAAACGACGCGAAACGCGAAGAAAAAAUCGAAAUACCGCCUAAAAAUAGUGUUGGCGACGAAGAACGAAAGGAAAUGGACGAAUUUAAAGAUGAAAGCGGCGCGAGAGAAAUGGAAGCCAUUAAUCAUAACCCGGAAAAGAAAUACGGAAGUAAGAGAGAGUCCGGAAUGUUUCUAACGGCCCAGCAAGCCGAAGAAGAAUUCGAAAACGUGGCUAAUAGGCUUUGGCUAGCGACCCAUUCUAAGCCAUGUCCUAGGUGUAAGAGUCCCAUCCAGAAACACGAAGGGUGCAAUCAUAUACGCUGUUACAAAUGUAAAUUCGACUUUUGUUGGGUGUGCUUGGAAUCGUGGAAAAAGCACGGAUCUUCCACCGGAGGGUAUUUUAGAUGCCAAAGACACGAAGCAGCUUCCAGAGCGAAACGCUCCAUCUCCUUAGCGUUGGAGCGGGUCAAAUCUCACCACUUGAAAACGUCUAGACUCCACAGAUUCUUGACGCAUUACAACAAAUUUAAAGGACACGAAAAUAGGUUAGUUUACGAGGAAGGCCGGCUGCAUUCGUUAUUGCUCGAAAAGUGCGUAAGUUUGAGGAGAUCUUACGACAGGUACGGCUCGAUGUUCGUCAACCCGCGUUCGAGGGAAAGUGCUCGAUCUAACGGCGAUCCCGAAGCCGGGGAAAAAGAAACGACUAGGAACGAAGGAGAUGAACCGGGUACUUCACAAAUAACCGAUGAAACAAGUGGUGCUAACCGACGUCAUAUCAAAACUAUUGAUACUUCUUUCCUAUUCGUGGCCCUGAAUCAAUUGAUCAAGGCUCGGCGUACAUGCAAAUGUUCCGUCGUAUACGCUUACUACUUAACAGGAAAUGGCGAUAGCGGAAAUGGCCAUGCGGGUAGUAAAACUAGGACUUCAAAUUCUAGCGACAAAAUGGAUGACGACAAUUCGCAAAUCGUCGGGCACAAAGGAGGACGAAAAGGUGGAGUGGCUACCAGUCACACCUUUAACAAGACUAUCUUCCAAUUUUUAUUGCACGAAUUGGAGGAAUGUACAGAGAAUCUCUCCAAGCUUCUAUCCACCCCUUACCUCGGCUGCGCCAGGAUCAAGAUUUUACAAAUGGCCCACUUGGUUUACCGCAAACGGAAAGAAUUUUUGAGCGCUCUGAACUUCAAACACCGCGAUGAUAAUAACCAUCACUCAUCCUACAGCGAUUAUUACAAUAACUGUAGUAGCAAUAGGAUAGGGCGUACCGCGAGGGAUCAAGAUGAAACUCCGCCUUUGCUCAGAAAAUUCAGGAGGAAACAUUUCCCCAAUCUCUUGGACAUCGAAUCACUGAGGGAUGACGAGAAUUUUAGAGUGAAUCGUAACAUCUCAGAUUUUUUGAUGUAUUCUCGUUCCGUCAUGAAUUCUCAUCUAAAGAUUUCGGCCAACACCCAUCCCAAAAUCAAGCCCAGCAGAAAAUAUUUGAGAAAUUUGUUGAGUUAUCACAGUCAUCCUUCACGUUUUUCGCGCCUUUUUCUUCGCUCGGCCAAAUCGAGUUCGCAAAAUUCGCACAACUCUCAAAGAGUUUCCCCCAGGUCUCCGGAUCUCGAUCAGGGGUCGCGCGCCUUUUUCCCCAAAUUUGACGACGACCUGUCGCUCUUGCCUCAGCGGGUGCUAAACAAUUUCCAGUUUUCGUCCCUGCAACACGGGAAAAAACUCAAGGGCGUCGGACCGUCGACAUCAUAUCCAUCCAAACGUAGUUUAUGGGUCAAGGACGAAUCUGGUCGGCACGCUAACUUAGUGGCCAUAUACGACUGGCCGCCGCCUUUAGACGACGAGGACGAUGAUGAUGUUCACGAAGAUGCUGAUCACAAGAAGGAAGAAGCAAGAAAUGGGAAUAAAGGGAAUUUUGGGGAAGAAACUAAUAAAAAUAUUAAAUCGUCUUCGGAUAUGAAGUGUCAAAGGAAGGGGUGCCGGCGAAGAAAGGUUUUCAAUCCUAGAACAGGAUGCCUGCAAAGCUUUUGCAGUUUCAAGUGCUGCCAAAUGGAUUACGCUUACGAAGAUACUACGAAUCAUUCAGAGGCUAUCGUUAACGAUAAUUUAUCCUCUUCCGAACCGCACAACGCGCCUUCUUGCGUAGCUUCUCAAAGCCUGCCGCCUUCUCACGAGGGCGACUUGGAUAUCUUGAUCGCGAUAGAAAUGUCUAAAUUGCAAUACAAAAGAGACCUGGAAAAGCAAACUAUGGUGGUGAAUACGCGAGAUAAUUCUACGGAAACUAUCCCGUUACCCAACACUCCCGAGCCAUCAACUAUUGACAGGCACGAAUAUUCCUUAGCCGGCUCAAUGUCACGCCAAGGUGGAGACUAUCCAAUCACAGAAAGCGACGUUAACGAUGACACGCUACCUAGGCAAGAUAAGAUUGACAUCCAUUCGGCGUCCAAAUCUCACAAGUUAGUAUCAGAGGAACACUUCAACACAGAUACAUCUUUCAAAAACUUGGUCACAGUCGCCAUCUUGGUUCACGAUCAUCCUCCUCAGGGUGACCACCCGUCUAUAUUCGUACCAUCCACUUUAUCUUUACCCGAGACUACCAUGUCACUUGUUUCAUCUGAACUAAAAAUGUCGAUUCCUGCGACUCUACAAUCCAAUAUGCGAAUCUUGUCUACUGUUCCUCUACCUCGAGUGACGAUAUUAUCAGAUUUACCCGUAAUAUCUGAAGCCCUCAUAUCAUCUACGCCUUCUGCGACCAAACACUCUACCAGACCGAACACUUUUCACAAGAUACAAUCUUCCACCACAAUAAAGCAAUCAGAUGUCGAACAAAAUGGUGAAUCAUUUGUCGCAUUAACAUCGUCUAAUAUCUCAAAGCCUAUUUUUACGGAAGCCAAUGCUGCUCAUCAUAAAGUGUCCAUAUCAUCUGCUCAACCGGAAAUUAUGAUGACAUCCACUUUUCACAAAAUGUCGAUAUCUUCUGCCUUGCCGCCGGAAACGGUAAUACCAUCUACUUCUUCGAAAGUGUCAAAGUCACCUGCUUAUUGCAAAGAAUAUAUGUUAUCGUCUUCUCAAUCGGUUUUAUCGUCUGCUCAAACGAAGGAAGAUCUAGCCGAAUACGAUUAUUAUUGUUAUUCAAAUUCAUUUGAAUAUCCCAACGGCCAAAAUGAUGAAAUAAUUAAAACCUUUAAAACGCACCCGAUACCAAAUAAUUUCCACCAUUUUAAAACCCAUCCUACUAAGGAUUUAAAGAAUACUAGUACAGAUCAAUUUAAUUUAGACAAUUCCCAACACACGGAACCGACAUAUUAUCACCUUUCUCAAAAUUUAGCAGACUCGGAACAAGGAAACGUUAGCACCAGAGAGAUGGUAUCGAGUCAUGAUAAAUCACGCUACACGGGGGAUCAUAAAGAAUGUACAAUGCGAACAUGCGCAUUACCAACUACACUCGCUGUUAGCGAUAUAUCUCGAAGCGGCGACCUAGAUAGCCAUCAUGUGGAAGAAGACGAGGAGGGAAGGGAAGAAUUGGAAUAUUUGGUUCACGCUCUACACCUGAAAGGGGGAUCUGACUAUAUUUUACGACGACUGGCAGAGGCUAACAUUCGCCUGCCUGAUUUAUUGGAUUGCCUGAAGGAAAAGGCGUUGGCUUAUAGCAAGAAUUUGAACCCUUAUUCACCCGAUACUAAUUUUAGCGAAAAUUUUGGGGGUAAAAGGGUUACGCAUUCCGAUGAUCACGAUGUUAAUAACGUGAUUGGAAGGGGCUUAAAUGUAACCGCGACAAGUAAUUUUGCCGUUGGUAAUCGUUAUCGCGACGAUAACGCUGCACCAACAAAUGGCGUAUCGGCGUCAAAUGAUGGUUCCCUAAUUUUUUGGGAUACAGGCGAUAAGAGAAACAUUUCCAUGGUUAGUCCUCUACGCAAAGACGCAUCCGAUGGAAAAAUGGUUAUUUUGUUGGACGAGAUAAGUCGCUUCAUUGAUGACGAUCUUAGUUUAAAUCGACUAACUAUGAACCGAUCCCCUUCCUUAUCGCCGAACUUUGCACCCUUCCAAAAUGCGAGUGGAUUCGAUCUUCAACUAUUAUAUCUUAACGAGGAAAAAGAUUCAAAGAACGAUCCUAUUAAUGCUCGGAGUGGUGGACCGAGUACUUCAACAUACGGUGAACAUCGUAAUUUUCGCGAGCAGAAAAAUAUGGAUGAUGCGUUUUUAUUUAGUGUCCAUGAUGUAAGUGGUAAUGGCGAAAACGGCGGCGAUAUAGGUGCGAGCUAUCAGAAAACCCAAAAUGCGGCCAUCGUUCAAAAUGGUGUCAUUGACAUGAGCGAUGCAUUUAACUGCGUAUCAAUCCGCGAUGACGAUCCCAAAGUUGACCAAAGGGCCGCGAAUGACGUUAUUGGGCGAAAUGAUAGCUUUAAUAACGCUUCCGCCACCAUUAAUUAUUCAAUUCACGAUUUUCCAGAGAUUCAACCCUUUUCCAGUCCCACGCAACAACACCAGGCCGACAAACUUGGUGAUUCCAUAUGUAUUCCCCAAGAUGUAGUUGGUGCCAAAAAGAAAACCCUAAAUAUUCAUAAUGGAGGUCUAGACGACCCGAUACCCUAUAAUGGCGGAGACUCGACUCAAACACCAUCAUUAAAUAAAUGUACGGAUAGUAGAAAAAUAUUUAAGAACGAUAAUAUUGGUGGCGGGAAAGAGAGUCUGAUAAAACAAACCUUCAAUCGAUUGACCAAAAUAAAAAAAAUCAAGGUUUCCCACAUGCGAAAAGAACAUUCCUCACGUGACCCUAAUCCUGAUUAUCCCCUAAAUUUUAUCGUCAAUAAUAGCGUCGCGGAACCUAUUUUGACGCCCCCUUUUUAUCGCUUGAUAAACGGCGGAUCCGAUAAUAAUAGAUUGAAGACUAUCUUCUUAAAGAACGAUCUUUUCAUGACUUGACGGAAACGAUCUUCUCGUAAAUCAUUUUAAUUAUGAAGUUUUAAGGCGAAUUCCGUAUAAAAUGAUUUUUUUUUAAAUAUCUCAAAUCGGGUUUUCCGAGAGGAGUAAUAUAAAAAACCUGUCUUUUUUUUUACAAAAAAAAAAUACAUAAUGUGCAAUAUUUAAUCCACUAAUAACGAUAUUUUUAUUUAUUACCAUAAUUUUUUAUAUAUAUUUUUUUAAAUGAAAGAUUUUUAUAUUUUAAUUUUAUAAUAAUGGGGAAAAAUAUAUUUAAUAUGACAUUUUUUUUUUUAAAAAAGAGUUUGAAUUGUCGUUUUAUGACAUAGCAAGGGGCCAUAAUCUGAAUUUUUUUUAAGAAAAAGGGGAUAUAGGUUUAGAAUUAUUACUCUGAAUUCAAAAGUGGCGCCAUCACGAUUUUAACAGCUGACCGUUUUUUAACAGCUGAUUUAUGAGAUCAGUUUUUCUUUAUUUAAAAAUCAUUUAUGAAUUGAAUUAAAAGAUAAAAUUAAUAUUAAUAAAUAAAAAUUGAUCUUCUUAAAACAGAUUUAAAAAAAAUCGAUCAGCUGUUAAAUCGUCAUCGCAAUGGCGCCACUAUGAAUUCAAGGUUAAAUAAAUAUCUACCUAAUAAUAACGAGAAUAUUAUUAUUUUUUGCCAUUUUAUAGUCAAUUUUUAUUUAUUUUUAUAUAAAUUGUUAAUAAUUAUGUAACCUUUGUUUUUCUAUAUUUUGUCGUCUGAGCAUUAUAGUGUUCCAUGUCCAUUUUUUUUUAAAU